UUGAAGGAAUGGUAUGUGGUGAAGUCAGUUUAGAUUACUUUUUGACCCGACAUGUGUGGAAUAUAAUAAUAAAUCAUGAACAUCUCUUGAUUACCUAUGCAUCUAUAUAAAGAGUUUGAGGAUUUAGUUUUUAAAUCAGUACUCAAAUGAUCUCAUCGAUCUUAUACUAUAUAAUAAAAACUACCUAGUACGUAUUAAUUAUAUCAGUUGCCAUUUUCGUAAGAUCAUUAUUAGACUUGCGAAAUGGCUGUUCCAAAGUUGUAUUUUGGUUAUGUGUUUGUUCUGUUGUUAGCUAUCGUGAUGGUAGAUGCAGCAAACGAUCACCAUGCUACAGCAAGAUGUACGAUCAAAAAAUACAAGAUGUGCUAUAAAUUAGAGCAUACUUGUCCUGAGUAUUGUCCUUUUAGGUGUGAAGUGGAUUGUGUUUCAUGCCAGCCAUUUUGCACUAAAUCGUCAAAUGGCGGUUACUUGGGGACUCAAUAUGAUCCAUCAUCUUCUUCUUCUUCAUCUUCUUCUUCUUCAUCAUCUUCGUCAUCUUCAUCUUCAUCCUCAUCGUCUGCAGCGUCAGGAGCUUCAUCUGCAGCGUCGUCAGAGGCUUCAUCGGCAGCCUCAGGAGCAUCAUCUGCAGCAGAGUCAGGAGCUUCAUCAGCAGCUUCAUCAGGAGCUUCAUCUUCAGCCUCGGAAGCAUCAUCUGCAGCGAAGUCAGAGGCUUCUUCAGCAGCAUCAGGAGCUUCAUCUGAAGCUUCGUCAAAGGCUUCUUCCACAGCGUCAGAAGCUGCAUCUAAAGCGGAAUCAGAAGCUUCAUCGACAGCGUCUUCAGGAGCUUCUACAGCAUCAUCUUCAUCGUCAUCAUCAUCGUCUUCAAAUAAUGGCAAAAAAGAAGUUGAUGAUCACCAAGGAGGUAAAAAAACAGAUGACAGUAACACAGGAGUUAACAAGGAUGAUAAAAAAAAAGGUGAGAAAGGAGAUCAUGACGAUAAUUCAGGAUCAACACCUUCUAACUCUAGCACAUCAUCAACUCCACCCCCAUAUUAUCCUACAACACCAUCAAACCCGCCAUCAUCACCAUCUCCAACACCUCCGACGCCUUCAACACCGUCUCCCUCUACCCCUUCUUCCCCUCCUAAAUCUUCUGGUGUUGUCUCUCGAAACAGGGUUAGAUGCAAUAACAAGCUUUAUGGACAAUGUUAUAAUCAAGAGCAUGUAUGCCCUGCCAGUUGCCCUACUUCAUGUCAAGUUGAUUGUGCCUCUUGCAAGCCUGUUUGCAGUUGUGACUAUCCAGGAGCAGUUUGUCAAGACCCUCGUUUCAUCGGAGGAGAUGGCAUCUCCUUCUACUUCCAUGGUAAAAAAGACAAGGAUUUUUGCCUUGUGACUGACCCAAACCUCCACAUAAAUGCACACUUCAUAGGAAAAAGAAACGAAAACAUGAGCCGUGACUUUACUUGGGUUCAGUCCAUUGGAAUUCUCUUCGACAACCAUCGUCUCUUCUUAGGCGCAACAAAGACAUCCAUAUGGGAUGACACCAAAGACCACUUCUCGUUAGCUUUUGAUGGAGAACCCAUAUCUCUUGAAGAAACUCUAAGUUCUCAAUGGUCAUCAACCUCCAUGCCACAAGUGACCAUAACACGAACUCAUGACACUAAUAACAUUAUUGUUCAAAUCCAAAACAAACUUAAGAUUACAGCCAAAGUAGUGUGUAUUACCAAGGAAGAUUCUAUUGUGCAUAACUAUGGCAUAACCAACGAUGAUUGUUUUGCUCAUCUCGAACUCGGGUUUAAGUAUUAUUCCUUGACAGAAAACGUUGAUGGUGUACUAGGAAAAACUUAUAGAGAUGAUUAUGUAAGCCGAGUGAAGAUGGGAGUAGCCAUGCCAAUUAUGGGGGGAGAAAGAGAAUAUGCAAGUAGUAAUAUAUUUGCCACUGAUUGCUUGGCUUCAAGGUUUGAUGGUGGUCAAGAAGAGACUUCAAUGGGGGCGUUGGAGUUUGAUAGCAUGAAUUGUGCUGGUGGGAUGAAUGGGGGUGUUGUUUGUAAGAGGUAACUCAAUAGAGUGUAUCUUAAAGGACAUAUAUGCAUGCAGGAAGUUUUAAAUUUUUUAAAUUUAAUAUAAUUGUAAUAAUUAAAUAAGA